AGCCCUAGCACGGACACAGUUCUUGCGAAACCGCACCACGCAUUGCGUUGGGAUUGUUAGAAAAAAUAAUUUUUGUCUUUUUAAACUGUUGUUUUUGUUGUUCUGCGUCCAAGUAAUGCGGCUAUGUCCCUUAGCUUUGAUGGGCGCUCCUGCUGCUGCUGUAACCAAAGUAAAAUCUCCAGCGCCGUUGAUGAGGCUGUUGCCGACGUCGUCAAAAAAACCAAUUAACAGCUAAUUCACCGUUCCGCUGCCCUUCUAAGAGAAAAUAAACGGCACACACGUAUAAUGGGCAUACAAAAUGAUCUAAUAGGCAUCACGGUACGUCGCCGUCGUCUAAUCCUGUGUACCAUGAUCACGAGCAUUGUGACAGCAGCUUUAAUAAUACCAUCAGUAAAUGCAUUAACAUCAACCCAGACGAAAGAUCCAACCGAAUCAGAUUUAUUGGUGGCGAUGCCAGCACCACCAGCAAUUCCUCACUGCGUAGAGCAGCAGGAGCGUAGCAUUGGACGAAGAUUACUCUAUAUAACUACACUUGAUGGCCGUCUCAGCGCCUUGGACAUUGCCAAGUCAGGCAAGAUGCGCUGGAGCAUAGAAACGGGACCAGGUCCACUGAUCUCAUCGAGCAUACAUCGCCUAGAGCUAACCAAUAAUGGUCAGUUUGUGCGCAUGAUACCAUCGCUUAGUGGCGGUAUUUACAAAUUCGAUGGCGACUCCAUAGAUCCCAUACCUAUUACUGCAGAACAUUUGCUUAGCUCCAGCGCUAAAUUCAGUGAUGAUCUUGUUAUCUCCGGCGGCAAGGAGACGCGUAAUUAUGGCGUAUCGAUCAGGACUGGGCAGCUGCUUUACGAGUGCUCCAUCAAUGGCUGCGUAAAUUCCACAAAUGAGGGGCGUGCCAUUGACGAUACAUAUGAAGAAAAAGACAAGGAAGAGAAUAACCAAAAGCAGCACGAUGACCAAUUACGGGAUGAGGAUGGCUACAUUAUCCCACACAAUUCGCUCUUGGAUGAUGUUAUUGUAGUCCGUCGCCAGACUCAAACAGUUCGUGCAGUGGAGUCCCGCACUGGCAUAGAGCGUUGGAAUUUUAGCGUUGGACAACACGAGUUAAAUUUGAUGCGCGCUGAUGAUUGCCAUGAGCAGCCGCGUAGUGACCUGGAAUUGGCUGUACUGGAUGUGGAUAUUAGAGUUGUAGUGCCAGAGGGCAUUAUAUGUGCAUUCAGCAAGAGUGAUCCGGAGCUGAUGCUCUGGAAGCAUCAGUUUAACAAUCCCAUUGUAAGUGUCUGGAAAAUAAAUGCUGUCGAUGAGCUAGAGUCCAUCGAUCUAUUCGCUUCGGCGCAUUGGCAGGCCGAACAACAAGACAAGCCUAGCCAUGCGCCUUCCAUCUAUCUGGGCAUGUACGAAAAGCAGUUGUACAUACAAGAGUCCGUACAUCUGCGCGAGGAAAUAAUGCAGCAGUCAGAGCAUUACCAACAGCUGUCGCGAGAUACUAGGCUUAUGCCUAAAAUACCUUGGCGGCCAAUUGCUGCCAGCGGCAACUCACUUGUGCUAUUCCGAAACGAACACGACCAAGUGGUAAUUGAAGACGGAUAUGGAAAAAACGAAUUAAUUCCAUAUGACGAGCAAAACAUAGCAGUUGCAGCGCAGUCAGUGCUAAAUGCCUCGGAGUUUGUCAAUGGUAAUGGCUUCUACUUUUUCGCUGACACACAAGGUAAGGAUAGUAGUGCGCUGGAGUGCGGCACUAAUGAUACGCCUAGCGGAUUUCCCGCCAUAGAAACGCCGCCUGCCAGUAACGAGACAGCUAGUAACUCGAAAGCGGGUGGUGGAAAUCAUAGCAUCAAUGAUGAUCUAGGCUUCAGUUUGGAUGAUAUUGAUGCCCCCGUUAAAGUAAUCAUACUCUCGCUGUGGUUCUGGUGGAAGGAGAUAGUGGUCAUUGCGUUUACCUCAGCAGUGCUGCUCAACAUGUUUAUGGGUCAUCGCAAUCAGCGUGUGGAACGUGAAUACCUCGUCAUUGAGCGCCAUGUGCCAGUUCAGACGGCUGUUGAGGCAACGGAAGCAUCUACACAGGCACUCUUAGGGCCAGUAAUGCCUUUGACGGGAACACACCACCAACAGCGUGGUAAUCGCAUCAGCUUUACAGGUGGCGUCAGUCGUACGCAGCGCUCAAUUUCGGAGUCAACGACGAAUUCCGGUGAACAUUUUACCUCCCGCUUUCAAACUGACUUCGAUCUAAUGCAAUGUCUUGGCCGAGGGGGCUUUGGUGUCGUUUUUGAAGCAAAAAACAAGUUGGAUGAGAACCAUUAUGCGAUUAAACGUAUAACGUUGCCCAAUAAGGAGUCAUCGCGGCAGCGAGUUCUGCGUGAGGCUCGGACUCUAGCCAGCUGUGAGCACCACAACAUUGUUCGAUAUUUUCACUCAUGGGUAGAAACUCCGCCUGUAGGCUGGCAGGAAGAGGAGGAUCGUAAGCUGUUAGCACAUGAACUGUCUACAUCUAUACAAAUCGAGACACCCGAUGGCAGUACCUUGCCAUCAUUUAUAAAUCACACGGAAGAUAAACAUCGCCAGCUGAUUUCGUGGGUAUCAGACCCCGCUAAUAGCACUGCUUGUAGCUAUGAGUUGGGACAUACCGAGAAACAUUUCAAACAGAUAAAGGAAUACAACGAUGAUGAGGAAGAUGAUUCCCUCAUUGAGUUUCGCAGUGAAUCACAGUCGGCUGCCCUGCUUGCAGACGUGGAAGACGUUGAGGAACAGCACCAAGGGCAAAUAAAAUAUGACACCCAGUGUCCUGCGCAACGGAGCUCUGUUUCUAUUGAUGUACACUCUGCAUCUUUUGAUUUAAAGAAUAUCAAUUACACUCAACAUCAGCUAUCAAAUUCAUUUCAAAUCGAAUCAAUUCGCUCCAAGGGCAAUAUCAGCGACACAGACGAGGAAACUGAAGUAUCACCCAGGCACAAACCGCUGACUUUGGCACUGUCCCAGAAUCACAAUCAGCAGCUACAACCAAAGUCACCCAAUAGCAGCCAGGUGGCGUUGCCGAAUGCUACUGUACAGAACGGACUCAUAGUGAAGCCCAACAAGGUUUACCUAUACAUUCAAAUGCAACUGUGCCGCAAGGAGAGUUUGCGUGAUUGGCUGCGAGACAAUCGGACCGAAGCGCGUGCCUCGCACAUCGCCCAUAUUUUUCACCAGAUUGUAGACGCGGUAGACUACGUCCAUCUUAAGGGUCUCAUUCAUCGGGAUCUGAAGCCCAGUAACAUAUUCUUUUCGCAGGAUGGACAGAUCAAAAUUGGUGACUUUGGGCUUGUUACCGAUAUGGCGGAUAUACCCAACAUAUUAAACGAUUGUGGUGACCAAUCUGGUUUACCCUCGUGCGCCCGCCAUACACAAUUGGUGGGUACACACCUAUACAUGUCACCAGAGCAGCUGCGAGGCCAAAACUAUGACUACAAGGUGGACAUAUAUUCGCUAGGCCUAAUAUUUUUCGAGCUACAUGUUUAUUUUUCCACUGAAAUGGAGCGCAUAAAGACACUUCGUGGUUUGAGAGAUGGCCAGUAUCCAGAGGCUUUUGUCAAACAAAAUCCGGAGCAGUAUGAGCUGUUGCAAAGGAUGCUCUCCUCGCAGCCAGCGCAGCGACCGCAAACAAAGCAGUUGAAACAGCAGCUGCAUGAAAUUCUGAAACUCCCUGAACAACUGGUGAAUGGGCAGAACGACCAGGCAGCAAUUGCGGCGGCCACGCAUCGGUUGAGUCGUAGUCGCACUUUCAGUAGCACCAGCGAACAGCAUCAGUGAUAGAGAAUAGAGCCAGAGGAAGUUGGUGCACGUAGACCUAAAGUUAAAAUAAGUCACAUUUGUUUUAAGUUAUGAUUCUGUUGGACUAAAGUAACAGCAAUUGUUAAUCAGGGCACGUAGCCUACUAUUUUUUGUGGUCUAACCCUGAUAAGCCAUCUUAAUAGACAGCUAAUUUUAAGUUAUUCAUUUUCUUCAUGUAUAUUAUAAGAGAUAUUUAAAAUUAAAUUUUAAAUAAGGCAACUGCAAGGAGUCCGUUUUGAUUAAAAGACUUAAAGUAAAAGAGAUACAUUUGUAUGUAAUGAUAUGUAACUGGGAUAUAAACUCUUAAUAAUUUGUAAACUUUUCCCAAAACUAAUUUAUUGGUUUAUAUCAAAUGAUUAUUUGUACUUUUCACAAAA